GAGAAGGUUGAGGUGAAUAAAAACAUAUAAAUAUUUCUUGAUCUUUUAAACAAAAGUAUUCCAGCAACUUAAAUAUUAUUGAAACUAUGUUAAAUAAUAUUACAGUGACACUUGAAGUAAUUAUACUAUAUUAUUUCUAUAGUACUGAGAGUUGUUCCACUAGGACCAAAGUUACACAAGGGAAGAGAUUUACUUCACUUUUUAACCCAUUAGGUAGAUGCUGAACAAACAAUCUCAAAUGACACAAUCUUCAGUGAAUUCACUAUCACACCAGUUCAUCUAUAAAUGCUGUGAAGAAGUCAAACAAGCAGCUGCUGUCACAACACAUUCAACUACUCUACUAUUCUGAUCCACUGUUGUAAUGAUGGAGUGUGUUAAAGAGGAGACUGAUCCUGAAUCAUUCACAAUAACACCUCAACAUACUCAACAACAAAGAGGUUUGUCUCUAAUCUUAAUGACUGAUGAAGAGCAUCUUAAGGAACAUAAAGUAAGUCACACUGAUGAGAGGACCUUUGCAUGCUCUCAGUGUGGCAAAUGUUUUAAACGAAAAAGAAAUCUUGAUGUUCACAUAAAGUCUCACACUGGAGAAAGGCCCUACAGCUGCCCUCAGUGUGAAAAGACCUACAGAAAAAAAGACCACCUUAAGGAUCAUUUAGUGAUUCACACUGGUGAGUGGCCCUACACCUGCCCUCAGUGUGAUAAGGGUUUUUUACAGAAAAAAAAUCUUGAUAUUCACAUAAAGACUCACAAUGAAGGAAAGCCAUACAGCUGCCCUCACUGUGAAAAUAGUUACCUAUGUAAAGGGGGUCUUAUGAAACAUAUAAUAAUUCACACAGAUAAGAGGCCCUUUGCAUGUCCUCAUUGUGAAAUGACUUACAUGCGUAAACAGCAUCUUACAGAUCAUAUAGUGACUCAUACUAGUGGGAGACCCUUUGUAUGCCCGCAGUGUUAUAAGGGUUUUUCAUUUAAAAGAUGUCUUAUUGUUCACUUAAAGACUCACACUGAAAAAAGCACAUACAAAUGUAAAGAGUCUCUGAAAGAAUAUAAAAUAAGUCGUACUGAUCAAACACCUUUCUCUUGCCUUCAAUGUGAAAAGAGUUUUACAAAAAAGGGAGUCCUUAAUAUUCACAUGAGGAUUCACAGUGGUUAUAGGCCUUACACCUGUCCUCAUUGUGAAAAGGGUUUCACAAAAAAAGUACAUUUAGACAGUCACAUACGCGUUCAUACUGGAGAAAAACCUUACAACUGUCCUCAGUGUGACAAGAGUUUUAAAGAACCAGGAGAUCUUCGGAAUCACAUACGAAUUCAUACUGGAGAGAAACCUUUUGAGUGCCCGCAGUGUGACAAGAGUUUUAAUCAACGUGGAUCUCUUAAGCAUCACAUACGAGUUCAUACAGGUGAGAAGCCUUACUCGUGCUAUCUGUGUGAUAAGCGUUUUACACAAGCACGAAGUCUCAAACUACAUAUGAUGUCUGACCAUACUGAAGAAAACCCCUAAAAGUGCUCACAUUGAGGAAAGAGUUUUAUUGAGUUUGUAUGGCGAUCAAAGACAAGUGACUGUAUACUGGAGAGAAGCUGCGAUAUGUGAUAUGAAGAUAAACCUCACGAUUGAAUUACUCCAAUAUAACAUCAAGUGGUGAAAUUCGUUACUGUAUCUCAUCUUGUAGAGCAUUGUGUUAGCAGUGCAAAAGGUAUAGGGUUCGAUCCCAGGAUCACACAUUCUGAUUAAAUGCUUUAAUGUAUUGUUAACUUUCUUUUGAUAAAGAUUUUCGCAAAAUGCAUUAAAAUGUAAAUACAUUUUUUUCAGGAUUUAUUGUUUUUUGUGUUGGUGCUAAUAUCGUUACUCUGAGAUUUGCACUUAUUAGAGGUCAUUUGUUAAAUGAUGGUAACAACGGUCUAAAUCUCCAUUCAUUAACUUAAGAGAACAAAUAAAAAUUUUGACUGA